CAUCCGCCGUUUUAUUUCCCCGGAAGUAAAUCUAAACAAGGCUCGCUGGGAAGAUGUUUCGCCUGUUGUUUUUUUUUUUACUGCUGGAGCACCAACUGUUUGCUAUAAAUAAAGCAUAAACACUUCGUUUCUGUCGAUCCUAAAUCUCAAAAGCCAGGAUAUCUUUCCCGUCCUCUGUCGGUGCGCAGGUGGCCGCCAUCAUGGACGUGUUGGCUAACCACGCCAUCAUUGAAGGAACAGACAAGAGGAAAGGAUCCCUAAAAGGCAGAAAAUGGAUGUCAAUUUUCAACAUUGGAGGACGAUUUCAGGACCCACGACGGAGACACAAACACUCAACCAAAGAGAAAGACCAGCCAAUUCUGAGACCUGCAAGAAGCAUGGACUCCCUCAGUACAGCCCCGUUUCCAAAAGAAGUAUCCAGACGUCCUGCACAGCACUCUCCUUCCACCAUAUCUCCCCUUGUCACCUCCUCCCACCAGCCUGGCUCUGAUGUGUCAGUAUCCACCACCGGGAUAGGUUGCAGUGAAUAUGCAGUGACGUACUGCAGGGGGACAGGGUUAGUGAGUGGGAGUGGAGGGACACAGGGCACCUACACCGCCUUAGACCCUGAAGGUUUGGGAGUCACAGGGAGUGAGACUGUGCAGACCAGAUCCCCAGGACUCUCCACCAAAGUGGGCUGUAGAGCAGCCAUGCACAUCACGGGGCCCACCAUGGUCACGGUGCCCUUACACAUCACCUCCAACCUGGCCUUAGGAGUGCUGCAAGGGGGCGGGGCUGACAGGGUCAUCCAGAGAGGCAGGGAGAAGGAUGAAAGGUGGUAUCAGAAAGUGAAGAGACGGAGGGAGAUCCCAGUGUUGUUGAAGAAACACAAAGUGAAGAAGAACAAUCUCUCACUUUGGAGGCAUCACCUCUCGUCUGCCCAGAGUAUCCAACGCCCAGCAGCGAGGAAUCUAGCAAUUUGGCAGACGUCAACGUUGAGGACCCUCAAACUGACUAUCCAGCGUGUUGUGCUAUUUUUUAAACAGGAAGAAAGUUCUGACUUUCCUUUAGAAGACUUCUCUGUGUGUGUAAUAGAAGAGCCCAGAUCCCAAGGAGAAGAUGAUGAAGAUGAAGAUGAAGACAGGGUUUCCAAAGAUGACUUCAGUCAAGAAACAGUUGAAGGAAUAAAAGAAAGUGAUGACAACAUGAAGGAAGAAACAAUCAUGGACGGCUAUGAGGAAGACAGCAAAGAGGAGGAGAGUGCAAUUUUGGAUGAACUGGAUGAUGUUGAGGAAGAUGGGGGAAUUACUGAGUGUGUUGUAGAAAGUGUUGUAGGGGAAGAAGAGGAGGGAGAGCAGAGGGAAGAUACUUCAGGGGAGAAAAAUGACGAGGAAAGAGGGACAGCUGAGACAGCUGAGACAGAAGUUAGAAUAGAGAAAGAGGCAGCUGAGGAGAAGCUCCCAGACCCAGAAGAGCAGCAAGUUUGUGAGCAAAUAGAGACAGACGUACCAAAUGCAACUGAACUAGAUGAAGCAAUUCAAAAGAAGUGCGCUAAAAGCAAAGAAGCAACGCAAAACGACCAAGAAGAAGGGGUUUCAAAAGAAGGAGAAGAGGAGAACCAUGACAAGAAGAGAGGUGAUGAGCAACAAAUAAGAAUAAAAAGUAUAGAUAAAGAACUGAUAGAGGUCAAGUCUGGCAUAAAGGCAAUGAAAGACGGUGAAAAACACGAGGGGAGUGACGGUGUUAAAGGUGGGGUUGGUAGAAAGCUGGUCGUCUCCAAGCAACCAAAGUUUUACCAAGUGAAAGCGGUGCCGGUCGUGCCUCCGAAGCCGCAGCACUGCAAAAUCACCGCCCUGACGCUGAAACACCAACAGCAGCAGAGAGAGAGGAGAGACGCAGACAGAGGGAGAGAAAACACGCUGAAAGUCCAAACAGAAGGGGAUCACGUAUGCGCAGGAGGGCAGAAGAAAGACGGGGACGAUGAAAGUGAGGGGGAGGGGAAGAAGGAGCAGCCCGAACUGAGGGGAGGAGAGAGAGAGAGGGAGAGGAGGAGGGAUCUGGAUGAAAGUUUAACGAGGGACUCGAACAGAAACAGUCCCCUCAGCAUGAAUUUUGAAGAGGCUGUUGCCAUCAUCACCAUGAAGCGGGAAAAGGAGAAAGAGGAUGAGAAGGAGAAGGAGAGGCAGAAGGAUUGGGGGAAUGAAGUAGAGUGAGGACAGCUUUUUUUUUUGUUUGUUCAAAGUUUGGAAUGAAACUGAUUUAAAUGUGCAAACUAUUUUUCAGCAUGAAGCAUAUAGGGCAGCGCUUGCCUUUUACUGAUGGAGUGUUUUCUUUCAGGGUAAAUAUCAUCAACAGUAUUGUGAACACGAUGCUAGUAGAUAGGUUUACGUUUUAUUUUAGUCAUGUGAAGAAACUUGGAUUUCAGUCAUGAAUCGUAUAGGUUUUUCAUGGGAGGAUAUUUACAUUUGUAAGACAGGAAACUGUAGAGAGCUGACACAAAAAGGGAUGACAUGCAGCAUAUGUUGAGCUUUAUCCAGGGAUGACGAUACGUUUUCACCGUCUUUGAUCCCCUAUAAGUCCCAAGGACGCCCAGCAACUAAAUACACGGCCCCAAAUGUAUGUUCUACUGUAAAGUCAAAUUAAAGAAACAACAGAUGGGACCAAAAGGUGAAUGCUGCUGAAACAUAUGGAGGAUGGAUUUUUUUAUUUUUUUAUCAAUACACCCAGUAGUUUUAUAA